CUCUGAGUUUUCAGAUUCGCCUCCCCUUCUGCAGCCUCCCUCCCCAGCCCCAUCGGAGGAAAUAUUACAAUGUUGCAAGCUGACGUAAGGACAUUACAAGGAAAGGGCUACAUUUCGGAGUGUUUAUGAAAAGCCGCGGUACUGUACUGUCACCAGGGGGCACGCAAUAUAAUGCAUUCGCCAAACAUUUUGGAUAAUAAUCAUUUACCAACAACAACAACACACAAAAAAAGCCCCAGUUCGCCUGGAGCUCGCAGAGCCAGAGAGGAGCCAUGCAGCCAAAGUUUGAGAAGCUCUUUAUUAUUUUUCUGACAUUGCGAGCUCGCCCUUGAGGAGCUGUAAUUGCAUUAUCUGAUUUUUUUUCACCCUUCUCCCCCCCCUUUCCCCCUCCGUCUCUCGACAUUGCAAUUUUUUGCUUGCGUUUUGGAAGGAGAAGCCGCCAGCUACCUAGCGGCAGGAGCCGCCGCCAGCCCUGCUCGCUUGCCUGGGAGUCCAGUGUUGUUUUGAAGGGAGCUCAGCUAACAUGGCGACGGUGCCCGUCUAUUGCAUCUGCAGGCUGCCCUACGACGUAACCCGCUUCAUGAUCGAGUGCGAUGCCUGCAAGGACUGGUUCCACGGCAGUUGUGUUGGCGUGGAAGAAGAGGAGGCGCCAGAUAUUGACAUCUAUCAUUGUCCGAAUUGUGAGAAAACCCAUGGAAAGUCUACUUUGAAAAAGAAAAGAAAUUGGCAUAAACACGAUACUGGGCAGUCAACAGAGGUCAAACCUGUACAGAAUGGGAGUCAAGUCUUUAUAAAGGAACUUCGCAGUCGAACUUUUCCAAGUGCUGAAGAUGUGGUAGUCAAAGUGACAGGAAGCCAGCUAACAACAGAGUACUUGGAAGAAAAUGGAUUCACAGAACCUAUCCUGGUUCCAAAGAAGGAUGGCUUGGGCUUAGCAGUACCCGCACCUACAUUCUACGUCAGUGACGUUGAAAACUAUGUCGGACCAGAAAGAAGUGUUGAUGUCACUGAUGUCACCAAACAGAAAGACUGUAAGAUGAAACUGAAGGAGUUUGUUGAUUACUACUACAGUACCAACAGGAAAAGAGUUCUCAAUGUAACUAACUUGGAAUUUUCAGAUACAAGAAUGUCCAGUUUUGUAGAACCACCAGACAUUGUUAAAAAGCUAUCUUGGGUGGAGAAUUAUUGGCCUGAUGAUGCUCUGCUGGCAAAACCAAAAGUGACCAAGUACUGCCUGAUAUGCGUGAAGGACAGCUACACAGAUUUUCACAUAGACUCUGGAGGGGCAUCGGCUUGGUACCACGUGCUGAAAGGGGAAAAGAUAUUUUAUCUCAUCAAACCGGCCUCUGCAAACAUUUCCCUGUAUGAACGCUGGCAGUCAGCAGCAAAUCACAGUGAGAUGUUUUUUGCAGACCAAGUGGAUAAAUGUUAUAAAUGCACAGUUAAGCAAGGACAAACGCUCUUUAUCCCAUCAGGUUGGAUUUAUGCAACUCUCACACCUGUAGACUGCCUAGCAUUUGCUGGGCAUUUUCUACAUAGCCUAAGUGUUGAAAUGCAGAUGAGAGCGUAUGAAGUGGAAAGGCGGUUGAAAAUUGUCAGCCUAACCCAGUUUCCAAACUUUGAAACAGCAUGUUGGUAUAUGGGAAAGCAUCUGCUGGAGACUUUCAAAGGUUUGCACAAAGCUGGGCAGCAGCCUCCUUCUCAUUUAGUCCAAGGGGCAAAAAUUCUUAAUGGUGCUUUCAGGUCGUGGACUAAAAAACAGGCUCUAGCCGACCAUGAGGACGAACUCCCGGAACAUUUUAAACCAGCACAACUUAUCAAGGACCUUGCCAAAGAAAUAAGAUUAAGUGAGAAUGCUUUCAAAGUUAACAAAACAGAAGUGAGUGCCAGCGUGAAAGUAGAGGAAAUCUGUCCUGUGGAGAAGCAGGAGGUGCCAUCGCCUGUACCAGUGACUCCCCCUCCACCACCUGUAGAAAAAGUUCCGAAAAAAAAGGCUCCAAAAGCUGUGAAAACCCCCAAGCCCCCUAAACCGCCCAAGCCCCCCAAACCUCCCAAACCGCCCAAAACUCCAAAAGUCAAGGGAGAAGGGAAGAAGAAAGGAAAGAAGGUGAAGGAAAGCCCGCCACCCGCCAUUCCAAAUCUGGACCUGCUGGAGGCACACACGAAAGAGGCUUUGACAAAAAUUGAAACGCCAAAGAAGGGGAAGGCUGCAAAGAAUGUUUUAAGUGUUCCCAAUAAGGAAGUUGUUAAUAAGCAAAAUGAGGUGGAGAAAUUUGAAAUUCGAGAGCACAAUAAGAGCAAAACGGAAGCCAAAUGGAAAUAUAAGAACAGUAAACCAGAUUCAUUACUAAAAAUGGAAGAGGAACACAAAUUGGAAAAGACACCUUUAUCAGGAAAUAAGGACAAUAAAUUUACAUUUUCUUUCUCUAACAAGAAACUGCUCGGUUCCAAGGGAGUCAAAACCCAGUUGAAUCCUGGUGUGUUUGGGUCGCUGCAAAAUUUUAAAGAAGAUAAAACAAAACCUGUGCGAGAUGAAUAUGAGUACGUAUCAGAUGAUGGCGAACUGAAAAUUGAUGAAUUUCCAAUUAGAAGAAAGAAAAACACUACGAAGAGAGAUUUACCUUUUUUAUCAGAUAAAAAAGAAGCGCUACAACACACACCAGUUAAGAAGCCAAAGGUGGAAUCAGUAUUGUAUAAGAGUGAUGAGUCAUCAGAUGAAGAUUCGCUUCACAUUGACACAGAGGCAAAGCCAGGUCGCAACUCCAAAGUGAAGAAAGAGAGUGGAAGUUCGGCAGGAAUUCUAGAUCUUUUGCAGGCGAGCAAGGAAGUUGGGGGUUUAGAGUAUAACACCAACAGUCAGCCACCUGCAUCUCGCACACAGGAAGCAAUCCAAGGAAUGUUAUCAAUGGCAAAUCUCCAGUCUUCUGACUCUUGCCUGCAGACUUCAUGGAGUACCAACCAAGCUAAAAAUACUCUAUCUCAGCCCAAAUCUCAAAAAAAAACCGGGAGCAGUAACAACAAAAAUGCAGGCAAGCACUUACUGAAGAGAGCACAAAAAAACAGUAUUGACAUUGAAGACUAUGAUGACCAGGACCACUUAGAUGCCUGUUUAAAGAUUCUGAUUAUGGUGAGAGAAAACAAAUUAAUCUCUAUGGGUAUGACCCCGAUUCUGAAAGUAUUUAUUUACCCAUCUUUGGAAUCCGAUGAAGAUAAUCCAGUGUUCAAAUCACGAUCAAAGAAAAGAAAAAGUUCUGAUGAUGCCCCCUACAGCCCGACAGCAAGAGUUGGUCCCUCAGUACCCCGACAAGACAGACCUGUCCGAGAGGGUACAAGAGUUGCCUCCAUUGAAACUGGACUGGCGGCAGCAGCGGCCAAAUUAUCCCAGCAGGAGGAACAAAAAGGCAAGAAGAAGAAGAAUACCAAAAAGAAGUUGUCCCCCAACAACACAAAUAAACUCUCUCAGGAAGGCAGCUCUCCUGAACCCAAAUUGGAGUCCCAUGCCAGCAGCCUAGCAGAUCACGAAUACACUGCCGGAGCAAGCACGUUUGGGGUCGCCCAAGUAAACAGAGGCUCUCAACCUAUGGCACCUGGAGUUUUCCUCACCCAGAGGAGACCCUCAUCAUCAUCACAGAAUAAUGCAGCUGCCAAAGGAAAACGUACAAAAAAGGGCAUGGCUACCGCAAAACAGAGGCUUGGGAAGAUUUUGAAAAUCCAUCGGAAUGGGAAACUUCUCCUUUAAUAUUUCAAAAACUGGGACUUGAUCAAAGCUCAGUAAUUCCUGAGCUGACACUAACUCUUCAACUCUUGAAGAACUUCAGUAGUAUUGUGCAUCAUCUUAGGGACAAUACCAGUUAACUUUUUGCCACCACUUUAAUAAUUGUUUUUAACUUUCAGCAGUUAAAGUGUACAGAAUACUGCUAUAAAUAUUUUUUAAUAUAGAUGUCCUUUCUCAAAUUGCUGAGAGUGACUAGUUCGCAAAAGUUAAUGAUAAUCCAAGAAAUUGAGGAUCAUUCCAGUUUUAGGAAAGUAUCCCUUUAACUUGUUUAUAAGUGGAAACCAGUUGUUUUAACAGAAUGAACAUCCAUUUCAGUUACAGUUUGCUUAAAGAAAAAAAAACAAGUACUAUCUUUAAAGAGGUAUCUAGUCAAGGAGCAGGAGAUUAAAUUUAAAAAUUCUUCAUUUGUCUGACAAAUAUAUUAAAAGGUGGAGGACCUUAAGUUUGAUGGCUGGAGACAUUUCCCCAUGCUACAGUGAAUGCAGAAGAUAAUCUGCAUAAUGUGAAACUUCAUUAUCUCAACCUGAUCAUGAUCUAGAUGUGUUGGAGGAGCCAUUACUGCACUUGGGCCCUACUCCAUUCCUUUCAGAUAGCUGCGGGUUGGACAAUAGUAGGUGCACUAGGCAGCAUUUGUUAUGCACAGUGGGAGCUGGUUUACUGCUGCGUUCAUAACUGGUUGGGAGUUUUAGCUCUAUGCCUGAGGGGCCAGUUUCUUUUGCUAACUGACACACAUGAUGGUACAGUAGCUCGUGUCAGUGUCGAAAUCAAAGCACACAAAGAUGUGUUGCAGAUCUUGCAGUCACUUUAACUGCAGUACAUGAGGUCAAGCUCUGCUUCUUCACGUGCAGUUUUUGACAUUUAUAUCAAGGCACUUCUUAUGAGAUACACUUACUUUGGGAACGAGGGCUGCAUGCAUCCAGGUGUCAGAUAGUGGGAAAGUUUAGCUUAUUGACAAUUUGACUGGAUACUUUUUGUCUUUUAACUCUUUUAGUGUUUGGUGUAGAGUGCAUUAUUUUACAUUAAACUGCUUGUCUGCAUAUAAACACUUGAGGGGUUAAAUUUGUUUCUCAGGCAAUCCCGUAUUUUAAUUUUUAGAUGUGUUUACUAAGGCAUAUUUUUCAUAGAAUGUAGCUUGUAAAUAGCUUUUUAAAUAACUUCUUUUUUAUAAAAGUAAAGUAUCUUUAGACAUUUCUUUCUAUAGACUACUUCAUUAACAUAUAUACAAGUCAUUGCUGAGUAUUAUCAGUUGUAUUUUAGUUUGGUUUUAAAAGGGUUGGGUGGAGGUUUUUUUGUUUUGUUUUUGUUUCACUUUCUUGGGGGGUGGAUUUGGGCGUUGCCUGGAAAACAAGUAAAACUUUGUGCAGCCUUAUAAAAUGUCUUAUACAGAAUCAAAUAGUAGAAAAUAAUCUAUUUAAGACACAUUUUGAAGAAUAAUCUUCAACUUUAAUACCAGCUCUUUGUUUUAAUUCUUGUAUUAUGAGGGGAUACAGUUAUUUUACUAGCACCUUGUGAAGUGUUUCUGUGUUUUGUGAUGAUGUAAUUUAUUAAUGUUUGUAGCUUUUUAUAUUUGUACAUUUCUUAUGAGCUUUGUUUAUAUACACAUUACCUGGAUGUGAUGUCCAUGGGGAAAAAAAAAACAGCUACAGGAAACAACUGAGGCCUUAUAAACUAACCUUUAUACUAUUACAGUGGGACAUAGAUUCUGAGUGGUAGGAGUCUGAUAAAGUUAGUUGAAUAGGGCCCCAGGUUUAUGCAGAGCAGGGUUUUUAAGCUUCCCUAGUAUACUGUUCUUGUUGAGCAUUUUAUACUAUAACCCAGACAUCAUGCUGUUUUUUUUUAUUAUUUUCGCAACAUGUACAUUUCUAACAAAGUUUAUUGUGGCUAUCUAUUACAGUGUUUUAUUUACUGAUUCAUAUCAAAUGCUCUUGUAUCAAGUCCAUGAAAUCUAAGUAAACUUAGAUCAAAGUUUAAAAAAAAAAGUAAAAUAUUUCAGGUUUUGUAUAGAA